AUGGGUGAGACCACCACCAAGAAGAGCGUGAGGAGGAGUAGGGAAGAGGAGGGAGGGGGAGGGUGCCCCGCCGCCGCCUUCCUUGCGGCCGCGCAGGCUUCCGGCAGGCGCUCAAGCGACGGCGAGGGGUGGGAGGCAAUGCUGGAGGAGCGGCGGCACCGGGCUUCUGGGUCCGCCCGAGCCGCCCCGAGGAGGAGCGGCCGGGCGUCGGGGCUGCGGUCUCUCAUGGAGUGCCUAGAGCAGGGGACAUCAAGGACAAUGUGGAGCAGGGCCGAGGGAUCGAGCGGCAGCCGGAGCACGGACUCCGUCAAGGGAGCCCAGCUGCAGUUCAUCCUUCACGAUAGGGCCAGAUUCGACAUCGACGAGCUGUUCCGGUCCACGGCGGAGAUGCUCGGCAUGGGCCGGCUGGGGAUCACAUACCGGGUGACCCUCGAGGCCGGCCCCGUCAUCGUCGUGAAGCGGCCGCGCAGGGACUUCACACACACCAUGCAGCUCCUGGGCAAGCUCCGGCACGAGAACGUCAUCGACCUCGCCACGGCCUUCUACUCCAAGGAGGAGAAGCUGGUUGUGUACGAGCACUUACCCGGCUGCAGCCUCUUCCAGCUCCUGCAGGGUACGUCGGAGUCCAUCAACAAGGAAAACAUCAUCACGACUACAAUUGAGGAGCUCAGCGAGGAGGAGCGCAAGGCGUACUUGCUUCUUGAAAAACAUGUCAAAGCUCAAUUUCUGAAGGGCUUCAAGAAGGAUCGUGGUGGCCUCGUCAAGAGGGUUGAGGAGUUCAUCCUGUCUCUCAAGCUUAACAAAGAUAAGAUUGAAGAGAUCCCCAGUGUAAGCACCUCUCCCUCUGACAUGUUUGAGAAAAUGUCGCUCAUGGUAGAACAAAAACUUGUUGCUGCACAAACUGCUGUGGGUGAUAUUUUGGCUAAGAUGAAUAGUGAUAUCGAUGCGCUUAAAGGCUGA